AUGAAAGGCUGGGUCUCAAUACUGGAGAUGAAAUCGAGCUUCCUGGGACUCCUGAACAAAUCAGGAAGCGUGAGAGAAUUGACAAAAGAGUUUCCAAAGAAAUUCAGGACGCAAUAUAUGUGAACUUUAUUAGAAUGCCAACCUUCGUGCCAAACUACUUGCCCAAAGGGUAUCACAAUUUUGCUUCAUAAAGCUAGGAAUAGGACCAUAUCUAAAUCAGGUGAGCAAUUUCCAAACGCUAAUGCUGACAAAGAAACUAUCACAAAAGUCUCCAGACAGCAAAUUUUUAAUUUAACAAAUUAA